AUGGAGGGGGUGAGCGCGCUGCUGGCCCGCUGCCCCACGGCGGGCCUGGCCGGCGGCCUGGGGGUCACCGCCUGCGCCGCGGCCGGCGUGCUGCUCUACCGGAUCGCGCGGAGGACGAAGCCGACACACACCACCGUCAACUGCUGGUUCUGCGCGCAGGACACGGUGGUGCCCUACGGGAACCGCAACUGCUGGGACUGCCCCCACUGCGAGCAGUACAACGGCUUCCAGGAGAACGGCGACUACAACAAGCCGAUCCCCGCGCAGUACCUGGAGCACCUGAACCACGUGGUGAGCAGCGCGCCCAGCCCCCGCGCGCCCGCGCAGCCCCAGCAGUGGGUGAGCAGCCAGGUGCUGCUGUGCAGGAGGUGCAGCCACCACCAGACCGCCAAGAUCAAGCAGCUGGCCGCCUUCUCGCCUCGGGAUGAGGGCAGGUAUGACGAGGAGAUCGAGGUGUACCGGCACCACCUGGAGCAGAUCUACAAGCUGUGCCGGCCGUGCCAGGCGGCCGUGGAGCACUACCUCAAGCACCAGAACCGCCAGCUGCGCGCCCUGCUCGUCAGCCACCAGUUCCGGCGCCGGGAGGCCGACCAGAGCCACACGCAGAGCUUCUGCUCGUCCGCGGUGAAGGCCCCAGUCCAGGUCAUCGUGCUUCGCGCCCUCGCCUUCCUGGCCUGUGCCUUCCUGCUGGCCACCACGCUGGAUGGCACCAGCGACCCCUUUGCCCCGGGGGCCACCCUGCCCCCAGCUUUGCCCCCUGGGGGCAAUGGCUCGGCUGCCCCUGACAACGGCACCGCCCCGGAGGCUGAGGGCUGGCGGCAGCUGCUGGGCCUGCUGCCGGAGCACGUGACCGAGCAGCUGCAGGGGGCCUGGGCCUACGGGCGGGGCCACCAGACGGGCGUCGUGGUGUUGGGCCUGCUCACCUGCCUUCUGGCCCUGCUGCUGGCCGGCCGCGUCAGGCUCCGGAGGAUUGAUGCCUUCUGCACCGGCCUGUGGGCGCUGCUGCUGGGCCUGCACCUGGCCGAGCAGUACCUGCAGGCCCCCUCGCCCAGCUGGCUGGACACGCUCAAGUUCGGCACCAUGUCCCUGUGCUGCCUGGUGGGCCUGAUGGCGGCCGUGGCCACAAGGAAGGCGACGGGCCCACGGAGGUUCCGGCCCCGAAGGUACCUCCCCGGAGACUCGGCCGGCCUCUUCCCCGCGUGCCCCAGCCUGGCCGUCCCCUACCCGGGCGUCGCAGCCUCUUCGCCGUCUCUCUUCCUCCCCGCCUCGCCCGGCUUCCUGCCCCUCAGCAGCCAGCAGCUGUUCCGCUCUCCCCGGCGGGCCUCGCCCUCCUCGCUGCCGGGCCGCCUCAGCCGGGCCCUCUCGCUGGGCACCAUGCCCUCUCUGACCCGAGCAGACUCGGGGUACCUGUUCAGCGGGAGCCGCCCGCCGUCGCAGCUGUCUCCGACGGGGGAGGCGCCUGUUCCAGAUUACUACUCUCUGCUGCUGGGGAGCUGCCCCUCAUCCCCGUUCCCGUCCCCGGCGCCCUCCGUGGCCGGCUCGGUGGCCUCCAGCACCGGCUCGCUGCGCCACCGCAGGCCCCUCAUCAGCCCGGCCCGGCUCAACCUGAAGGGGCAGAAGCUGCUGCUGUUCCCGUCGCCGCCCGGGGAGGCCCCCAGCACCCCCAGCAGCUCAGACGAACACUUGCCCCUCAACGGCAGCCUCUUCAGCAUCGAGACCCCCCAGCCACAGAGGCAGCCAGCGCAGGACACAAAGCACAGCGCGGACAUGAGGUCCAUGCGGGAGAGAGGCAGCGUCUGCAGCAGCCGCUCCAUCAAGAAGGAGGACGACUCCUCGCAGUCCUCCACAUGCGCGGUGGACACCACCACCCAAGGGUGCCCCGAGGAGGCCACCUGGAGAGGUCGGUUCGUCCCCUCCCUGGUCCAGGGGCUCCUGGCCGUGAGCCUGACUGCCAACGCCCUCUUCACCUCGGCUUACCUGUACCAGAGCCUGCGCUGA